GCCUAUGCCGAGGACCUGUCACAUCCACUACUACGAAGUUAGUCGAAGUUACCUUUGUUAUACGAGUCUACAAGGACAAAACCAUGGAGAAUAACUUUGGGAAUCUCAUAAUAGGACUGCCAUAGAAUGCCUGCCAAAGAAGAGGGGGUGCGACGCCGAGAACGAGGUGGAGGAGCUACCAGUAAGAAAGCAAAGACACCCAAGGAAGUGAAGGCAGCAAAGGGAAGUGAGAAGUCCAAAGACAAAGAGUCACCUGAGAAGGGUGAAGAGAGCAGGCGUGAAGUCCGAAGCUUGCUGACUGGAAAUAGAGUCUUCUCCCGGGUGGUGCUAAUUAUUGGGUUGCUUUUUGUGGUUUACCUCGGGUCCUCAAAAAAAGAGGUGAUCCUUGCAUCCCGAAAGGAAAGCAUCUCCAAGAAGCAGGAUGUUCCCUGUUCCAAGGACUAUGAUGAGGAUCAGAAAAAGUUUCCUGAUUGUGUUCCCAAGCGGUGCUGCAGACUGGUGACAGAUUCUGCUGUCACUGAAUCAGAAGCUGAAUUUCUGCAGAAAUUUGCCAAGACAGCGCUUUCAUUAGGUGGAGGAGCAGGAGGAGUUUCCAUUUUAGAUCUCCAUUCAGGUGCAUUGUCCAAUGGAACUCAAUUCAUCAACUUUUACAAAGUUCCAGAGGCCAAGAAACUUCUUACAAAGAAGGUCUUGUCCACUUAUCAGCUAAUAAAGAUGAAGGUUCAGCAGUUGGUGGAGACCCAGUUUGGGUUGAAACCUUGGAGUCUCCACCUGACUUAUCCAACAUUUUUCUCUCAGAUGACAAACAAAAACCCAACUGAGAAUCCAAAUGAUGAGUACUGGCAUGUCCAUGUGGACAAGGAGGUUUAUGAUGACUUCCAUUAUACAUCAUUAUUGUACCUGAGUAACUAUGGAGAUGACUUCACUGGAGGAAGGUUCAUGUACAUCGACCAGGAUGGUGUAAAUCGCACAGUACGUAACACAGUCAUUCCUUUUGAAGGUCGAGUGAGUAUUUUCACAUCUGGCUCAGAGAAUACACACAGGGUGGAAAGAGUGGAGAGUGGAGUUCGAUAUGCUCUAACCAUUGGCUUCACUUGCAAUCUGGAUUCCAAAAUCUCAGAUCCUGUUUUACCU